AUGAGUAAUACGACGCUUGUACUCAGUGUUACAGGCUACACAAUAGCUUCUUUACAUAUGGCUGGCCGUCUUUUUAACACAUCAAGAGCGAGCAAUACAUUGGCUGGCGAUUGGACCGCAGUUGCUCCUUUUAUACCCUGGAUGUCAGUUGGAGCUUACCAUCGAUCGUGCCGCUCUGGACCAACUAGCCAAGACACAUUUAUCAUUAGCGAAUAUCUCGAUGAAGAAAGAAAACCCAAGUCUGAGCAAGUUCACGGAAAAGAGCGACUUAUGUUAUGUAAUUUGGCAGUUGAUUUUGAUACGAUCGAUGAUUUUAAUUCUUUGGGAACGUGCUACUUUGGAAAAGGCAAAAACGCUUGA